AUCUCUCCCGACCGACCUCGCAAGCCGAGCUUUCACCGCACUCCCCUCUCGCCUCCCUCGACCUCGCCCUCCCCGCUCCUCGUCCUCGCCCCGCUUGACCUCGUCCCAAGCCCUCCCUCGCCCGCACCAUGCCCCGACCAGUCGUCUUCUUCGACAUCUCGAUCGGCCAGACGCCCGCCGGCCGCAUCAAGAUGGAGCUCUUUGACGACAUCGUGCCCAAGACGGCCGAGAACUUUAGGCAGUUCUGCACGGGCGAGCACCGAGAGAACUCGCUCCCGGUCGGGUACAAGAACGCCAUCUUCCACCGCGUUAUCCCGCACUUCAUGAUUCAGGGCGGCGACUUUAUCAACGCCGACGGGACGGGGAGCACGAGCAUCUACGGGCCCAAGUUCGAGGACGAGGCGUUCGAGGUGCCGCAUGACCAGGCCGGGCUCCUCAGCAUGGCCAACUCGGGCCCGCACACAAACGGGUGCCAGUUCUUCAUCACGUGCGACCCGGCGCCGUUCCUCGACGGCAAGCACGUCGUGUUUGGCAAGGUCGUCGGCCAGGACUCGAUGCUCGUCGUGCGCAAGGUCGAAAACAUUGCGACCGGACCCAACAACCGCCCGAAAUUGACGUGCAGCAUCACGGAGUGCGGCGAGUUGUAGACGAGUGCAUUGCAGUCUGUCGUCUCGAG